UUGACAUGUAAGAGAGAUGCCGAUGCGCACCUCACUUCACUUCGCCAAUGAUAAACAACAAAACUGUUAAUUCUUCAGGGCGUUGCCACACAUUGUGUGUAAAACUGAUAAUAAUACGAUGAAUUAUAAUGAUAAGGCCUAAACGUAUCGCGACAUUGUACUAGAUAAAAACUAGGGAUUUUAUGAUAAACAUACAAGGUACAGUGCUCCGUUAGUACCUGUAUGUGACUCAUUGGAAUCACAUAAGAAGUGCUGAAUUACUUUAAAAAUAAGAAUUAGACCGCUUUAUAUUGUUUAGGUAACUUAGAAGCAGCUUUCAGACGAGUUCUAAUUCAUAAAAGUGUUAAGUUCAUGAAACUAUAAACAAAAGGAUGGUUGUUUUUUAAGUGAUUCACUCACGCGAGAAAAGUUUGUGUAUCCGGAGCGUAACGUCUACUGACAUGUGAAAAAUGUUUAAAGACUGUAUCAUCGUCAUCUCCUCCGUUUUCCUAUGUGCUAAAGUGCAGUGUCAAUCUAACAAAGACUUGUACAACGGAAAGUAUGGCGAAUACAACCAAAAUUACGAUCCCUCGCGAGCUACAGAAAGGCCAAAUCCCGGUGAUACAGACUACAGAACGUAUGUGUACAAUAACAGGAGAUACGGAACAAACCCCACUCGAUUCAACCCCUUUAAUCCGAAUAUAAAUCAGCCUGGAGGUUUUCCAUACAAUCCCCUGCCAUACAAUCCACUGAACCCCAACCCUUUGGAUGAUCAAUACAAAUACACUCCAAAUAGAGACCCAAAUAAUCCUGAUGCAUUAUUCCCGGGUGUUCUCGGAGGAUGGCGUGAAGACUUACAAGGAAGGGAACGAAGAGACUCCAGACAACUAAAAAGAGAUAUCUUUGUCACUACCAAUUAUGGUCAGGUGCAAGGGUUUAAGGUUUAUUUAUAUGAUAACCCAGAUCCUAAUUCUGGGUACAGACCCUGGUUGACACCUGUGGAAAGAAUUCAAGGAGAAGUUUCUGUGUUCUUAGGCAUUCCAUAUGCUCGACCGCCUGUUUUAGAAGGCAGAUUUAAGCCGCCGCGACAACAUCCCGGUUGGCAGCUAAUACAGGCGGUCGACUGGGGGCCCGCGUGUCCCCAACCGGCGAGCAUGACGGGGGACACUAAGGGCAUAAGGGACAUGGACGAAGACUGCUUGUAUUUGAACAUAUUCUCGCCCAAUACGGAGGCGGGGUCGACAGCGCAGAAGUACGCCGUAAUGGUGUACAUUCACGGGGGUCAGUUCUCGUCGGGCGCGUCCAAUCUGUUCCCGGCACAUAUUCUGGCGGGGUUCUACGACGUGGUGGUUGUCUCCUUCAACUACCGCUUGGGGGCGCUAGGUUUUCUCUCCACCGGCGACGAGAACUCCCCCGGCAACUACGGCAUUCUAGAUCAAGUGAUGGCAGUUCGUUGGGUCCAUGAAAACAUCGAUGCGUUCAACGGCGACCGCCACUCGAUCACGUUGUUCGGUCCCGGCGCCGGCGCAGCUUCGGCGGGACUGCUCGCCUUAGCCCCGCCUACUAGAGACAUCGUCACUAAGGUCAUCGCCCAAAGCGGCUCGGCACUCGCCGAUUGGGCGAUGAUAGAAGAUAAAUUCCGCGUCCAGAACACUACGAUCCUGCUGGGCCGCCACCUGGGCUGCCCCACUGACUCCUCGUGGAAGCUGGUCAACUGUCUGCGCCAGAGCCGCAGUAUAUACGACCUGGGCAACGCGCAAGUAUCGCCGCAAGUCGGUCUGAUCCCGUUCGGUCCGGUACUCGAGAACAACUUCACGUUCCCCGGCGACCAGUGGUAUGAAGGUUGGCGCGAAAGAGACUGGCACUUCCUAGACGUAAUGCCUGAAGAGCUUAUAAAGAGGAGGCAGUUCAAUCCAUCGCUGCGGUAUAUGACGGGAGUGACGACACAAGAAGCGGCAUACUAUAUCUAUAACAACGAUACGCUCGCUCCCCGAUACGAAAUCAACGAGGAUUGGUUCAACCAGAAAGUGGCAGAGUUGGUCCUCCGAUACAAUUAUACGUUAAAUCCACGAGGCGUAUACGAAGCCGUACGAUACAUGUACACUUAUCACCCAGACCCGCACAACGUGAGCGCCAUAAGGGACCAAUACAUUCAUCUGCUAUCCGAUUUUCUUUACCGAGCGCCUACGGACAAAAUGGUAAAGCUAUUACUAGAACAGAACGUACCAGUUUAUAUGUACGUAUUGAAUACAACCGUAGAAGCAUACAAUUGGACUGAGUGGCGAUUGUACCCGCACGAUGCGGAGAGGAUAUUUCUCACUGGUGCUCCGUUUAUGGACCAGGAGUUCUUCCCGUUGAAACAGAGGAUUGACAGGCAAAUGUGGACCCCCAACGACCGCAAUAUGAGCCAUUUCUUUAUGAAGGCGUAUUCCGACUUCGCUAGAUUCGGAAAUCCGACUCGUUCGCGUAUUCUGGGAAUUCAUUUCGAAGAAGCAAAAGCGGGCCAGCUGCGAUACCUGAAUCUGAACACCACCUUCAACUCCAGUAUACAGCUCAAUUACAGACAAACGGAACUCGCCUUCUGGACCAUGUAUUUACCAACGGUUAUAGGAAGACUUGUGCCCACAUACCCUCCCAUCACUGAGUAUUGGUGGGAGCCGAAGCAACCUCUACAAAUUGCCUUCUGGUCGGUGUCCAGCGCAUGCCUGGUGCUCAUUGUACUUCUCGUGGUGUGCUGUAUGCUGUGGCGGAAUGCCAAACGGGCUGCGCCACCCAAAUGGAAAAUGGUACCGGCUGUUGAAACGGACCGGUACUACAGCGGGGACAUCUUCAUGGUGCCGGAGGACGGAAUCGACAAUGCGACACGGUCGCGCGACAACAUCUACGAAUACAGGGACGUGCCCGUCAAACGACCGCACACGCCGCAGACUCUAACGCGGACCACGAGUCAACCCCAAACGCUGCAAUCGCGGCCGUCUUCCCAAGCGUCCACAGGCUCAGCGCUAUCUCUCAAAGAAGGCGCAGUAUCCCGCGCUCCCGAACCUUUACCAAGAACCAGGUCUCGGACGCAGAUAGUGCGUGGAGUACCGCAGACUACUGUGUGAUGUGAUAAGUGUUUAAAUUACUUGCAUGUGUUCCGCUCUUUCGUAGCAGUCGAAAUAGUCCAGUCAAAUUACGGAAUCAAAUAAACAUGAGCGAACACAGUUUAGGGAUUUUGAGGAUCGUUAGGGGGGUGCAUCCUGAGCUUAAGUUCCAAUUUGAGGGGCUGUACUGAGGUCAGCUCAAGGUCAUUUCGAUGCAAACGCGUUUAAUUCGAUAUCUCGAGAAAUAUCAGUGUUAGCCAAAAAAUUAUA